AUGAUAUUGAAUUUGAUUAGAAAAGAAUUUUGUAGUGUAAAAAGAAAAUUGAAUCGUGGCUUGAAGCAGAGUCGAAUUGUUUGGUUGUUGAUGAUCGUGAUAAGUCUGAUCGCCAACAAGUCACAACUCUGUCUUGAAGUUCACAACUUCACUGCGAUUCGCGCACCUUGCGAUCUGAAAUCAAAGCUUGGUCAGAUCUCCCCGCCAUCAGAUGAGCAGCCAUGUGACUUACGACUCUUUACACCAGCAACGUGCUUAAUAGAGUUUCGAGCGGCUGCAGCUCAAGCCAUUGCCGCUCAAGCUCAGAAUCUUUCGCAGGCAGCUGCAACAGCAAUCGGUAAUAAUAACAAUUCGCAACCAACUGCGACCAUCGGACCAGUGCCGAGUUCACAACAGUUACCAUUUAUUAAAGGAUUAGGAUUGUUACCAAGAACUUCAUUAAACACGCCACAACAGUCUCGUGACCAGAUUGAGAGAAAAUAUGAUCCGCGAUCAUCGAGCAGUACUGGAAGUGCUAGUGGAACUAAUCAAUUAUCACCCCUGUCUCAGACGCCCAUUCCGUCGGCCGUUGGAGCGCCUUACUCGUGUUCAAGAUGUGGAAAUACUUAUGCUCGUCCUCACAGUCUUAAUCGACACAUCCGUUUCGAAUGCGGUGUCGAGCCAAAGCAUAAUCUGGUUCUUCAUAUGCGCACUCAUCAACAUCGAUGA